AUGGGCCGCUACACGACGAUGCAGACGUUCAGCGACCAGGACGCACAGGGCGCCGCCGUGCCGUACACUGCCGCCGCCACCACGUCUUCCCCCGCAUCUUUAGACGCGAGCUCUGCCGUCUCGAGCGACGCUAAAAAAGACGGUGGGCUCCGUAUCAAACGUGUCGAGAAUGUCUCUGGCAGUGGCGCUGGCGCCGGUAGCGGGGAGUUCCACACGUAUCGCGCUGCCCGAAGACGGGAACUCGAGCGUGUAGCCGCCAUGGAGCAGCGGUACAAGCAGAACAAGGCCCAGCAGGAGUUUGAGGCCGUGCGCAAGCGCAACGCCGAGGAGUUCCAGGCCCAAGCUCGGAAACGCGCGGCCAAGCGGCGACGACGCAAAGAACGAGUCCACGCCGUCGCUGUGGCGCGUGGUACUGACGAGACAGAGACGGGCGCAGACGAGGAGAAGAGAGCGGAGAUGCAGCUGCCAGUGGUGCUGCCGGAGACGCCGGGCGGCGUGCCGGAGAUUGUGAAUGACGGACGUUUUCUGGAAACGAUGCUGGCGUUGCAGAGAAACAAGGAGAAGGAAGUGGAAGAAGAAGAAGAGACGAGGACGAGUGUGCAGUUGCGUUUUGCUGGCGAGCAGAAGGAGUCGUCCUAUCACUCGCUGUACGUGCGACGUCGAGCGAGCGCUCGGCAGUGA